GUUGUCGCGUCCGUGCAUCUCGGCCAUCUUCCGUUGGAGACAUAUCUCUCGAUUUUACGGCACUUCCCGGGUCCCGGCCGUUGGAAGUAUGGCCAAGAGCGUCUGUAUAGUGGGUAGGAUAGUCUACACCAAAUUCUUCAACGGCCAAACUCUCGAUUAACACAUAUCUUAGGUGCCGGCCCUUCUGGUCUUGUAGCCGCGAAGACAUUAUUACACGAUGUCCCCGCAGGCUCAUUCAAGGUUACCCUCUUUGAAGCCCAAUACCGAAUUGGAGGAUUAUGGCCUACAAACAAGGAUGAUACUGGUGGUCUUGUACAUCCGCUCAUGGUAACGAACCAGAGUAGACAUACUGUUCAAUUCAGCGAUCUCGCCUGGCAGGACUCCGAUCUCCAAUUUCCUAAGGCGUGGCAAGUUGGCCGAUAUCUAGAACGAUAUCUGGAGGAGUAUGGGGGUGCUGAUAUACGGCUUGACCAUAAAGUCGUGAAAACCGACUUAAAUAGUGAUGGUUCGUGGGAGGUACAAGUAGAAUCUGAUGGCAAGACCGAGACUUCUACAUUUGAUUACUUACUGGUGUCUACUGGAUUCUUUGGGGGGCCGAUAUGGCCGGAUAACAUACCGACAGAAGCGGACGUGCCAAUAAUUCAUAGCAGCAGGUACCGGGAUAUCAAAGACCUUAUACCGGACUCAAACCGACGAGGAAGCAAGAUUCUUAUUGUUGGUGGGCAAAUGUCCGGUCUUGAAAUUGCUGCGACGAUUGCGACGCAUCUAUCAUCCGCUACUCACUCCCCGGGUGAAAAGAUCAUCCAAGAGCCGGAGAAGUACUCGAUACACCAUAUAGCCCACCGGCCAGCAUGGGUCUUCCCGCUUCUCACAUCUCCAAAGCCGGCUGCGUCAGCGCCCUCAUUCCUCCCUUGCGAUUUACCUUCAUACAAUCUAGCUCUUCGGCCUCAACCCCUGACCAAUAGCCAAGGUCACAUAAGCGUUGAGGGAGCCCGCAUCUUCAACACCAUAUACCAAUCCGCGUUAGGUACCGACCAAUCCGGAUUCUCGCCAGAGACAAAGAUCGCGGGCGAUCAAUUAGAGGACCAACCAUUCGUGACUAUGAGUUCAUGGUAUAUGGACUUUGUACGGUCGGGUCUAAUCAAGAUCAGUAGAGGGAAAUUAUCCUCGCUUUCAGGAAACGUGGCUACUAUUUUUUCGCCGAGCAACGAGCAAAUUUCCGACGUCGCCGCCGUGGUUGUAGCGACUGGUUUCGAUCCGUCCCCAUCGCUUUCCUUCCUCCCACCGUCAGUCCUCGAAACUAUUUCCCACUCCCCUCCACACCCUAACCUUCCCGUCGCACUUGCCUUCCACGGCACACACCACUCGGAUUUACCUACCCUAGGCUUCGUCGGCAUGUACCGCUCACCCUACUGGGGUGUCAUGGAAAUGCAAGCACGCCUCGUCGCUCGUUUAUGGACACCCGGCAGCGACCACACCCCCUCUUUACGGCAAGCUCUCGCGGACGACGAUAGUAUCGCCCGCACAAUAUCUCUACGCGAUGACCCUCGUGUUUCGCAGUUUCCUAUGGGUGACUACCCUUUUCUAAUGCAAGACUUCGCACGCGCCCUCGACAUCUCAAUAACACCCCCACUUAGUGAUACACCAAUUCUCGCCAACGGUAAACCCAUGGAUAUCCUAACACCAGCACGGUAUUCCGUCCCAGCCGCCGCGACCGCGACCAACACCAUUGCCCAAAAACGCGCCGACGAAGUCACGAAAAACCUACGCGCGACACACGAUACAGCCAUAGCAGGCCUCUCCCGCGGGCGUUUCGUCGCAGGCGCCGUAUUCCGAUCUCUCCUCGGAACAUGGCAUCUCGACCGAACCCUAACCUCGCGCCUCCCCUCCCAUCCUAGCGGGCGUUUCAUAGGUACCGCGCGCUUCGAGCUUCGCGAGGGGACUAGUGACGGACGUCCACAUUCCCACGGGUACUCAGUCGAGGACCCAGGGCUUGAAUACUUAUAUAUCGAGGACGGAACGUUUACCGCGCGGGAUAACCCAGCUUUAUCGUUCCGCGCUACAAGGCGGUAUGUAUACCGCUACGACGAGCGGGGUGAUCGAUUAAGUGUGUGGUUUGCGCGGACGGAUGAUCCGAGUAGAGCGGAUUAUUUGUUCCAUGAAUUGGAAUUUUUAACUCCUACUAACGACGAGGACAGCGAUACGGGAGCAGCGGUGGAGAAAGGGAAGGAGAAAAAGAGGGGUUGGUUGGCUACGGCGAGUCAUCUCUGUAUUGAGGAUUUGUAUGAUGUGCAUUAUGAGUUCGGGUUUAAUGCGGUGAAUUUGAGGGAUUGGAGGUUGGGAUAUACGGUUAAUGGACCGAAGAAGGAUUACACUAUUGAGGGUGUAUAUACGAGGCCUUGAUUUUGGUGGCAGCGAGGAGUUUAUAUUGGAGGGGACGAGGGAUAGCAUUUGCGGUUGGCUAGAAUAGAGAUAAUAUGAGAUUGAGUGCAUAUGACUGCGGCGUAGUAUCGGUAUUCAUAAGAUCUCACUACA